CAGCAGCACUUCACAUAACGAACGAUUGAUACAUACGUUGACCGACCGUCAGUCCUCACAAACAAACGUCACACACAGGGAACACACAGAGACACUCCACCACACCACACCACACCACACCACAGCUCCCUGACUUAGUCAACUAACGUGUCACUGCACUCACUGCACUCACUGCCCCUCAGUCUGCUCGCCGUAAGAGGCAUGCGCCCACAUCUUCAUCUGCACCACCAGCCCCUCCCUCCCGUCACUGCCUUCACUGCCGUACCGACCCGUCAGGCCUUCAGCAAACCGGUAGAUACGGCUGAUCAGCACCGGCACAGGCGGCCCCCCGAUGUGCGUAGUUGACAGGCGGCUGUGGAGGCCACUCCCUUCGUGGCAGGGGGCCAGCAGAUCGGCGGUGCUGAUAUUUCUCACGGUCGACGGCCUCGCGCUGCCGGACCAGCCUUCGGGCUUCAACACGUUGAUCAGUUGUACGAUCAGAACACCUACACAGACAAAUGCAGAGAGAGAUUUACAUACCGUGGGUGUGGUGUGGUGUCAAGUCACGCUUUCCCUCUGUGUGUACCACACCACAUGGUGCAUCUCACCCACUGCACUGCCUGCCCUGCCUACCAUCUAGAAUCUCGAGGUGCGUGGCUAUGAUGAUCCAGUAGUUCCCCCGCCGCCCUACAAAGCAAAAAGGCAGCAGCAGCAGACACAGUCGAUCGAUCCAUCGUGCCAGGCCAGGGAACCUCACCAUAUGUCCAUGCCCCCCUCCAUCUGGCCUUCCACGGUUUCGGCACUUCACUCGUUGACAAGGCCACCACUUCACCAAACACCGGCUCCAGGUGCUGCUUGACAAGUUGGACCAGAUCCACCAACACCUUCCGGCGGGCGAUCACAAUGCGCCCACGGCGGGAGAACAGAAGCGCCGGCAGGUCACGCCGGUACUGUUGUCCGAUGUACUCGCUGAGGUUGCUCCGGAUGUCACUCCCGCGCUUGAAGACCGGUGCGUGGUUGCCGCCAAGAACUCGUGAUAAGAGAGGGCCAUCGACCUUGACGCGCAGGAGCAGCUGCUGGGCACUCUCUAGGUCCAUGGUACAUUGAAGGCCGCUGCACGCGCCGUAUCUCAUGACGUCGGUGUCUGUGAAGGCCAGCGGCAGGGCUGCCACUCUGCCGGUCCCCUCGAGCAGCAGCAGGAACUGCGUGAUGAGCUGCGUGAGAGCCCCGUCCGGCAGUAGCGACUUGAGCACGAUGAUUCUGCUGACGUCAUGGACGAGAGAGAACGUCACGGUGUGCCCGAUGGUUGUGUGCAAGUGGGCGAUGCGUCUGUCGAGCUCGACGGUGACCAAUUGCCAGCACGUGGCGUGACAAACUGCUCGGAGGACCGCCAAAUCGACCUGCAUCACCAUGAGAGAUAGAGAGGGCAAUGAAUGCAAGGCGACAUUCAUUUGAUGGUGCAGGUCGAGCUCACCGCCUCUUACCACAUUGAGUCGUGGCAGAAUGUCAUCCCUGAGGAGCUCUGCUGGCAGCGGCAGCGCCAGGGGGACUCGCAGCGCAGGGGAGGGCCGCGGGACAACAGGAAACUCAUCGAUAACACUCAAAGGGUCACCUGGUCCGGCACCCAAGCAUUUGGCAUCACCAGGACCCUCAGCAAAGGCGCAACACGACCAGUUGGAGCCCAUUAGCGCGAAACUUUCUUGCGAACCGCCGCUGCGAAUCAGCAACACACACUUCUUCAACCAUGUGCGCAGCAGCAGCGGUUUCAGA